CAAAAGUUUGUUCCAGACAGCUGGGGGCAAUGCGUUGAUCAGAGCACACAUGGAAACUUUGUUUCAAUUUGUUUCACCAGGUACUUCUGUUUCAAGUGUUUGCAAAGCUCUUGAAGAGGGGUGGGCACGUCUGAUGGGUUCAAUUCUGCAUAGGAGAUGACGCCUGCACGUCCUGCAUGGACUCUUGGCACCGCGCUGUAGAGCAAGCGAGAGCGGCCGCGGGGGCCAGGCGCCCGGAAGAUACGCAGAUCCUUAAUUUGGAUAGCAGGCUGAAAAUCAACAGCUUCGGGCCACUUGCAGCUUACGCGAACCUCCAGGAUCUUUCCGUCUGCAGCGUGGGGCUGAGCAGCUUGGAGGGCUUCCCUUCGCUCUUGAAAUUGAAGAAGCUGACGCUGAGCGACAACCGCAUUGCAGGGGGCCUGGAGCACCUUGCGCACCUAAGUGCUUUGAUCAUUCUCGACCUGAGCAACAACCGGUUGGCGGAACUACAGGAUCUAGCGCCGUUGAAACGGCUGCCGAGAUUGCAGACGCUCGACUUUUACCAGUGCCCCGUGACUCAGCAGCCGCGAUACCGGGAGCAAGUGUUCAAGAUGCUCGAAGGGGUGAAGUACCUGGACGGGGCGGAUCAGGAAGGGAACGACAAGCCCGAGUCCGACGAGGAGGAGGAGGAAGAAGAGGGGGAGGACGAGUAUGAGGAUGAAGAAAGUGACGGGGGGUUAGAGGAGGGGGUAGCGGUAAAUGUGGAGGUGGCGGGAGAGGGGGAUGACGAUGAGGAUGAGGAUGAGGAUGACGAGGAGGGGGAGGAGUUCGAGGACGACGAUUUGCAAGUCAGGGGUAAAGCGAUUGGCGGUCAGUGGGGUGGCGGGGGUGAGGAUGACGACGAUGAGGGGGAGGAAGAGGUGGAGGAUGUGGAGGGGGGGGCGGAGGAUGAUGAGGAUGACGAUGAGGAUGAGGGGGGGGAGUUUGACGGGGAGGACGAGGGGGGGGAGGAGGACGACGAUGAUGAUGAGGUGGAUGAAGAGGAAGACGAGGAAGGGGGGGUCGCUGAGGAGGAGGAUGACGGUGUGGAAGAGGGAGAGGAGGAGGUCGACGAAGACGAUGAUGAGGACGAUGACGUGGACGAUGACGAGGAGGAGAUGUACAACACUGCGUACCUGGUCAAGGGUGACGGACAGCCGACCAAGGACGACGCAGAAGACGCCAGCGAUUUCGACGAAGACGCGGAGGGGGCAGACAAGGAUGAUGACUUUGAGGAGGAGGAGGAUGACGAUGAAGAGGGGGGCCUGAGUGGCCCGAGCAAUAAGCGGAAACGCGGGGAGGCGGAGCUGGAGGAGGUUGAUGACGAAGACGACGACGAAGGCGAGUUUGACGAUGACGACGAGGACGAAGUGGACGAGGAGUAGUGCCACUUGUCAAAAUCCGCUUGGCUUUCUUAGGAGAUGAGGUCAUUUCUUUUCCACCAUCUCUCAAAGUCGGUCAAAUGCCUUCGGUGACUCAGGUCGAGGGCGGAAAGCCGCUAGGCCUCCUUAGAAGAGAAGUAAAGGUGUUUGGGGCGGAGGAAGUAAAGCGUCUAGUAAGGUCGCUAGGCUGAGCGGGCCUCUAACGCGGCUUUUCGCCACACGGUCGUCCGUACUCGGGCAUUCUAGGUUUUGGCCAAAAUCAAAGUGCACUGAGGUGUUGUAGACAGCAAUUCUCGACUAUCGUUUUCAAGUGCGAGCGAAUAGUCUUCAAAGACAUUUGCUUUUACUCCGGCAACACUUGCGAAAAUGUCUCCCGAUGCAAUGGAUUCAAUCACUUGUCUUUC